UGCAUUGAUCAGGACCUCAGAUCGUUUCAGACAAAGAUGCAGCCAAACGUGUCCGUGCUCUGCCGAUAAGUUAAUAGUCACCCGACGAGAGAGGACGAGAAGCGGCCAACAGGUGGUUGUUUUUGGGCACCCUGCACUGGUCCACUGCGCACCGCCACAAUGCUGUUACCGUCCGGCACCCUGUUGCUGCUGGCGGCUGUCUACUGCUGUGUAGACCUGACGGGGGCUGAGGGCUGCGGGGCAUCAUGUGGAAAAUGCGACUGCAGUGGUGUGAAAGGAGCAAAGGGUGAGCGUGGAUUUCCUGGUCUUCAAGGUAAUAUGGGAUUUCCAGGGAUACAUGGACCUGAAGGUCCUCCAGGACCAUUGGGCCCCACGGGAGGUCUGGGUGAACCCGGAGCUUCUGGACUGAAAGGAGUGCGGGGUCCUCCUGGUCUGCCAGGUUUCCCAGGAAACCCGGGACUACCAGGCAUCAAUGGAAAUGAUGGCUCACCGGGUUUGCAAGGUAUCCCAGGAUGCAAUGGGUCUAAAGGAGACAGAGGGAGGGAUGGCACUCCUGGUUUUGCUGGUCUUCAAGGACCUCCUGGCAUCUCAGGAAUUCCUGGAUUGAAGGGCGACCCUGGUGGUGUGAUCGGGAUUGUUCCCCUGAAAGGAGACAGCGGAUUCCCUGGCACACCUGGAUUACCUGGAUCAAGUGGAUCUCCUGGACCUAUUGGACCUCCAGGACCUCGAGGCUAUCACGGACCCAAAGGUGAACCUGGCUUCCCUGGCCCUCCUGGAGAAAUAGGUGACAAGCUGUCCUAUCUGAGUCAGAAAGGAGAUAAGGGGGACCAAGGAUUUCGUGGCCCACCCGGACCUCCCGGACUUCCAUUAGAAAGAAGGGGAGAACCUCCCACAAAGAUCAUACCUGGACCACAGGGUGGGAAAGGAAAUCCAGGGGAUAAAGGAGACAAAGGCUAUUGCACCCCACAUCACACUGGUGUCAAAGGGGAAAUCGGUCCUGAUGGACCAAGAGGUAAAUCUGGCAAGGAUGGAGAGGACGGGCUGAAGGGAGAAAAAGGCUUCCCCGGAUCAGGUGGAUACACUGGUUCUCAGGGUGAAAAGGGAGAAAGAGGACCACCAGGUCAUGGUGAUGGUUCCCCUGGUUCUCCCGGUCCUCGUGGUUUUCCUGGGGUACACGGAGAAAAAGGUUUUGCUGGUCCUCAGGGAGAGGCAGGUCCACCAGGCCAGCAGGUGGAAGGGCCUCGAGGGGAGAACGGUCAGAAGGGAAACGUUGGUGAGAAAGGAGAAAGGGGUGUAGAAGGAGAGUCUCUCGUUGGACCUCCAGGACAACCAGGGACCACUGGAUCACCUGGACCACCUGGACUACCGCUUGACCCUAAUGAAUGUAACAACGAGAAAGGAGUUCCUGGCCCAACUGGACCUCAAGGGUUACAAGGGGAAUUGGGACAGAAAGGUGACAGAGGAGAUACCUGUGUUCAAUGUGAAGCCUUCGGCCCACCUGGAUUACUUGGCCCCCAAGGCCCUAAAGGAGAUCGAGGACCUCCUGGGCUAGUAGGCGGCAAAGGAGAAAAGGGUGUGUCUGGCUAUUCUGGACAAUCUGGAAGACCUGGUUCUACCGGUAUUCCUGGGUUGAUUGGGGCACCUGGUGCUGUUGGUGAGCCAGGAGACAUUUUCGCAAAUCCUGGUCUGAAGGGGGACAAAGGUCUGCAUGGUAUUUCUGGUACACCGGGGCAGUCAGGACUGGAUGGACAGCCAGGGAGAGAUGGCCUCCCAGGUAUACCUGGCUUCAAAGGAGAACCAGCCAAAGAAGGCAUCAAGGGUGAGCGUGGACCAGAUGGGGACCCUGGUCUUAUUGGGCCUCUCGGAGAGAGGGGUCCACCUGGCCUGCCAGGCUUCGGUCGACCAGGAGAGAGUGGAGACAAGGGCAGUCAUGGGAGACCAGGCCUUCCUGGAACUCCUGGACCAUCUGGUACAAAAGGUGAGCCAGGUAAAGGUGUGAGCACUCCUGGACCUCAGGGAAUACCUGGAACACGCGGAGAAACCGGCAUACCUGGAGUUCAAGGUGAGAAAGGCCUGCAUGGAGACUCUGGGUUGCCAGGUUUCCCUGGAGAGAAGGGUGAACACGGACCCCCUGGAAUUGGAUUUCCAGGCCUAACUGGCCCUGAAGGAAUCAGUGGAAUUCCAGGAGGUCCAGGAUUACCAGGAGAUUCUGGAAGACCAGGACAGGAUGGCUUGACUGGACAACCUGGUACACCUGGGCAAAAAGGUGACCCAGGGCGGGGUCUUCCAGGUCUAAAAGGUUCUCAGGGUUCCCCAGGAAUUAUUGGCUUCCCAGGAGAAAAGGGUGUCAUUGGACAACAUGGUGUUCCUGGACGAGAAGGCCAGACAGGAGGACCAGGACCUCAGGGAAUCAAAGGUGACAUGGGACCCCCAGGAUCUCGUGGAGUGGAUGGCUUACCAGGUGCUCCAGGUAAAGGCUCCCCUGGAGCUCCUGGACCACAAGGACCAGCUGGAGAGUCAGGACCGUACGGUAGGGAAGGUGUUCAGGGAGAAAAGGGCUACCCAGGUCCUUCUGGUCUGGACAUGCCGGGGCUUCAAGGAGAUAAGGGAGCCAGCGGGUUCCCAGGAAACCCAGGUUCCAAAGGACUAACGGGGCCACCAGGCUUCCCUGGCAGGGAUGGACUCAUUGGAAACCAAGGUUGGAAAGGUGAAAUGGGGCUCAUAGGGACACCAGGAGUACCAGGUUUUCCUGGACCACCUGGUAUAUCUGGAUCUACUGGACUCAGAGGUGAUCCCGGUAUUACUGGACCUAGAGGUGAUAUUGGAGUGACUGGAACUAAAGGAGAAAGGGGAGACCAAGGUCUUCAGGGACCUCCUGGGAACAUGAGCGACGUUGACAUGGAGCACAUGAAGGGCGAGAAGGGAGACCUCGGAAACAUAGGUACACCUGGGGGCUCUGGAGAGAAGGGCCACCGUGGACUUCCUGGUAACCCUGGAGUACCAGGCAAAGAUGGAGAGUCUGGAUUACCUGGACAACCAGGUGAGAAAGGAGACCCUGGUUUCCCCGGAGACCCUGGCAGGAUGGGACCAACUGGUCAGAAAGGCAGUGGUGGAGAGAUGGGAAUACCAGGUGUGGUUGGUCCAAAGGGUACUAAAGGAGAUUUUGGUACAUCGGGACAUCCGGGAUUCAGAGGCACCGACGGACAGAAAGGAGACAAGGGAGUAUCUGGUGAACCAGGUAUUGGGUUCCCAGGACAUUCAGGAGAAAAGGGUGAGACAGGCCAGCCAGGUUUCCCAGGAUCACCUGGAGAGAGGGGUGUGAAGGGUCAUGAGGGUAUGCCCGGCAAGCCAGGAGUGCAAGGAAUCAGAGGAGACAAAGGACUCAUUGGUUAUACAGGUCAGACGGGUAGAUCAGGUGAGAAGGGAACCCCGGGGCUGCCGGGGGCUGCAGGAGAAUCUGGUCGUGACGGUCGGUCUGGUGAAGGCGGCUUGCAAGGACCGCCUGGUGUUCCCGGAGAGAAGGGAGAUGCUGGAGUGGAUGGUAUCCCUGGAUCCUCAGGGGAGAGAGGAGACCAAGGGUUACCUGGACGAGAUUUUCCUGGACCACCUGGGGUGCUUGGUGGCCAAGGUGACAAAGGUAGUCCUGGCUUCCCUGGCACUCCAGGUAAUCCAGGUGUCCCUGGUAUCAGAGGCGACAAGGGACUUCCAGGCUCAUGGGGACCCCAGGGGGAGACAGGAGAGAGGGGGCUCACAGGUAUCUCUCUGGAGGGCCCUAAGGGAGAGAAAGGAGAGACAGGACAAGCCGGAGAAUCAGGAUCCUCAGGAGUACCAGGACUCGCUGGUGGGCCAGGCAGAGACGGCCAAAAGGGAGACAAAGGAGACCAGGGCCUCCCUGGUUACCAGGGAGAGUCGGGACAUAAGGGUGACUCUGGAGUCACUGGACUUUCUGGACAAUCUGGCCUUCCAGGUAUCGAUGGUCAGAAGGGAGGGAGGGGAUUGCAGGGUGUCCCUGGCUUCCCAGGUACAGGGGGUAAUGUGGGGGACAUUGGAUUCAAAGGAGAACUUGGAGACAGAGGAUUCCCAGGAGUAAAGGGCAAUGAAGGACCCCCUGGUCCCCCCGGCCCCAGCACCUUCAUCAAAGGAGAUAUCGGGUUCCCAGGGAUACAAGGCUUACCGGGUCCCCAGGGGCCAUCUGGGCUUCCUGGACAGAAAGGACAGCAAGGUGUGACAGGUCUUUUGGGGCCAAAAGGUGACGAUGGCAUUCCUGGAUAUCAUGGUCAGUCUGGAUCCAAAGGAGAUCCUGGCCUGCCAGGGCCACAGGGACCCAGAGGACACCCUGGCCCUUCAGGACCUGACGGUGUUCCAGGUCAAGUGGGUUACCCUGGCCCCUCAUCCAUGGAUCACGGGUUCCUGGUAACCCGUCACAGUCAGACGGUGGAUGUUCCACUCUGUCCCGAGGGAACCUCCCUCAUAUAUGAUGGCUACUCCUUGCUCUACAUUCAAGGCAACGAACGCUCCCAUGGACAGGACUUAGGUACGGCGGGCAGCUGUCUAAGGAAGUUCAGCCCCAUGCCCUUCCUGUUCUGUAACAUCAACAACGUGUGCAACUUUGCCUCUCGCAACGACUACUCCUACUGGCUCACCUCCCCUGAGCCCAUGCCCAUGAGCAUGGCACCCAUCACUGGUGAAGGCAUCAAACCCUUCAUCAGCAGGUGUUCUGUGUGCGAAGCCCCGGCCAUGGUGAUAGCAAUUCACAGUCAGACCAUCAUGAUCCCACCAUGCCCUCACGGCUGGGACUCUCUAUGGAUUGGCUACUCCUUUGUCAUGCACACCAGUGCUGGUGCUGAGGGAUCAGGCCAGGCUCUGGCCUCUCCUGGUUCCUGCCUGGAGGAAUUCCGCAGUGCUCCAUUCAUCGAGUGUCACGGCCGUGGAACCUGCAACUACUACGCCAACUCCUACAGCUUUUGGCUUGCCACCAUUGAAGACACUGAGAUGUUUAGGAAACCUGUCCCCACAACGCUAAAAGCAGGCAACCUCCGAACACACAUAAGCCGCUGUCAGGUGUGCAUGAAGAGGACAUAGACCUCCACUCCAGAGUCCUCCUUCCUAACAAUGCGAGCAAAAACGUGUACGCUGACGUCCUCAACUUGGCUUAACUUGCUGUUUUCAGACGAUGGUGCUAUUUCCCUGCAUGUGUGAGAGGAGAGGGACAGAGACGUGGUUUGCAAAACAGUCGGAGACUAAACAUUACAAACACAGAGACCAAGCGGCCUUUUGUUCCUUGCAGAACACAACAUGAUCACAACAUGUCUCUAAAGAACUGCUCCCAGUUUACCACUGCACUGAGUACAUGCCCCCUAAACUGGUAAACUGGUGUUCAUAUUGUGUGAGUCAGGUGCUAUACAAUUUUAAUUAUCUCCCUUUUUGCAUUUUGUUUUUUUUCCUUCUCCCUUCCCGUGCCACAGCAUUCAAAGAUAUAGCCUCAUUUUAUUCUAUAUUUUAGCUCUUUUAAACAUACUAAUGAAAAGGAUGGGACUUACCACUGGUUACAGACGCUUGCCAUUCGCUAAAUCACCGCAAUGUUGCCGACACACAUAUAUACUUAUCACUGUGUUGUAAAUAUAAUGCAUUCCUCUCUAACGUAGUCCAACAU